AUGAGUACCAAGAGGAAAAAGGUUUCUAAAUCCUGUGUAUUCUGCCGGAGGUCUCAUCUGAUCUGUGAUGAACAGAGACCUUGUUCAAGAUGUAUUAGGAGGGAUAUUGCACAUCUGUGUACUGAUUCUUUAGGUUCGAACAAUCCUGGCAAUGCUGAUUUAGAUGUUGGUAAUAGUAUCGCUGCUAGUGCUAAUGAGAAUUCCAAGAUGGCAAGCUUUUUAGCUCAGCAACCAACCUUUGUGUCUGAACAUGUGGGAUCCGAGUUUAGUUCUUUGAAUGAGUUCUUAAGCAUGUUGGAAGAUCCAUUACUAGUUAAUAACAAUAGUAAUAACAGUAGUAAUAAUAAUACUAAUACCCAUAAUAAUAAUAACAACUACAAUCCUACGCUGCACGUAGAUAAUGUGGAAAGGGAACUCGAUACGGCGACAACUUCCAAGGAACACUUCUUUUUGACGGCGGCAGAUCCAUCGACUGAGAUGACACCCGAGGAUAGGCUAAAACUGGUGAUUAAUGCAAAAUUGGAAGCCGGAUUGUUACAGCCCUAUAACUAUGCACAAGGUUAUACCAGAUUACAAAAUUACAUGGACAAAUAUAUGAACCAAUCGUCAAAGCAAAGAAUUUUAAAACCGUUAUCAACCAUUCGUCCUGCUUUUAGAGCCAUUGCUCGUUCAUUGAAAGAUGUCGACCUUAUCCUGGUAGAGGAAGGCUUUGAAAGAAUGUUAUUAUCUUAUGACAGGGUUUUCACAUCAAUGAGUAUGCCCGCAUGUCUAUGGAGACGUACAGGAGAAAUUUAUAGAGCAAAUAAGGAAUUUGCCAGUUUAGUCGAUUGUGGUGUGGAGGACUUGAUUGAAGGUAAACUGGCGAUAUAUGAACUAAUGACAGAAGAAAGUGCUGUUAACUUCUGGGAAAAAUACGGCUCAAUUGCAUUUGACAAGGGUCAAAAAGCCGUAUUAACAAGUUGUAAUCUGAGAACAAGAGAUGGCCGAAGAAAAAGACCAUGUUGCUUUAGUUUUACCAUUAGAAGAGAUAGGUAUAACAUCCCUAUAUGUAUUGUGGGAAAUUUCAUUCCGAUUUCUUAG